UCAAGAACGUGGUGGUGCUGGUGAUGGAGAACAGGUCGUUCGACCACAUGCUGGGGUGGAUGAAGCCCAACCUCGGCCUCCCCUUCGACGGCCUCACCGGCGAGGAGUGCAACCACAGGAACGUCUACGACCCCGCUUCACCCACCAUCUGCGUCUCCCCGACCGCCCAGUAUGUGGAUCCCGACCCCGACCACUCCUUCGAAGCUAUCCGCUUCCAGGUCUUCGCCAGCGACAACGCUUCCUCGCCCCCCACCAUGUCCGGCUUCGUCCAGGACGCCCUCACCCUCUCCGAGGAAACUGCUGCCGCCGUCAUGCAGGGCUUUCCCCCGGCCAAGCUUCCGGUCUACGCCACCCUGGCGAGCGAGUUCGCUGUGUUCGACCGGUGGUUCUCCUCCCUGCCGGGGCCGACGCAGCCCAACCGCCUCUUCGUCUACUCCGCCACCUCCCACGGGGACACGAGCCACAACAAGAAACAUCUCAUCCAAGGCUACCCGCAGCGGACUAUCUUCGACUCUAUCCGCGACGAAGGCCGCGACUUCGCGGUGUACGCCACCAGCUUGCCCACCACUCUGUUCUACCGCAACCUACGCAAGCUCAAGUACGUGUUCAAGUUCCACAGGUUCUCGACGUUCGCCAAGCACGCGGCGCGCGGGGAUCUGAAGACCCUCAGCGUGUUGGAGCCUCGUUACUUCGACCUGUUCGGCAAGGAAGCCAACGACGACCACCCGUCGCACGACGUUGCCAAUGGCCAGUGGGUGGUCAAGGAGGUUUAUGAGGCGCUAAGGGCGAGCCCGAUGUGGAACCAGAGCCUCUUGAUCAUCACCUACGACGAGCACGGCGGGUUCUACGACCACGUCCCCACCCCUAACGUCGGCAUCCCCAGCCCUGACGGCAUCGUCGGGCCGGAGCCCUUCUUCUUCAACUUCGACCGCCUCGGCGUCCGGGUGCCCACCAUAAUGGUCUCUCCAUGGAUCAAGAAGGGAACAGUUGUGUCGCGGCCAAACGGACCGACGCCCACCUCCGAGUACGAGCACUCUUCCAUUCCGGCAACCAUCAAGAAGAUCUUCAACCUCAGUUCUGAUUUCUUGACGCAGAGAGAUGCUUGGGCUGGCACCUUUGACAACGUCUACUCCGAGCUGACCUCUCCAAGAACAGAUUGCCCUGAACUGCUCCCCGUUGUGCCACCUCUGAGGGUAACGGAGUUGAACGAGAACAGAAGGAUAUCUGAAUUUCAAAGUGAGCUCGUCCAAUUGGCGGCGGCUCUCAAUGGCGAUCACCACAUGAUUGACUCGGGUGUGAUUGAGGGAAUGAGUGUGAAGGAGGCUGAUGCGUACGUGAACCAUGCAGUUGCCAGGUUCUUCAAAGCGAGCAAAGAGGCCAUCAGGAAAGGUGCUGAUGGAAACGAGAUAGUAGACUUGACUACAAAUAUUUCCUCUAGGUCACAUAAUAAUUUUACUGCUAUGUCAAGAGUUUCCUUCCUCGGAUGUCAUGUCGAAACGGUCAAAACGGACGAACCAUCUCGUUCCACUUGGCAACCAGCACCGGCACGACCCCCGCACCAGACCCACGACAGGUGCGACGUGUUGCGCGCCCUCGUGGUCACAGUGGAGGGGUCGCUCGACCCUGCAACAUUAGCGGAGGGGUCGCAUAACCCUUCUGUUGCCGCCGCGGAGGUAUCGUGCGACCCUGCGAUCACUAUAGAGGGGUCGCACGCGCCAACGCAGGUUUUCCCUGAAGUUGGCGGCGUGGCUGCCGCUGACGUCGGCGAUGUGGCCGGCUGGACAGUUGACGUUUCGGCCGCCGCAGAAGACGGAGCUGACGCGGAAGGCCCUGAAGUCCCAGGAGAAAUGCUUGGGGGAAGCUUCGCUGCAAAGGCAGCUUGA